AUGUCUCUCCAGUCAGUUAACCCGAACGACGUGUUUUCGCGUCUCACUCCUGAACAGCGCCAGCGCAUGACCAAGGAUCAUCGUCUCAAGGUCAAGACCUUGGCCUACCGGCUGCGUGGUGCCUUGGUUCAAACGGGCAUCUUGAUUGCCUGGAUUAUUGUCAUCCAAGCCAUCGCUCUCUUCUUCUUUACUCGCGGCUUUUUGCUCUCCCGACCAGUUCUUGAGAGUCACUCGGAAUGCACAGUCCUCCCACCUUUUCUCCAAGAUUCGGCCCAAAAUAGCCUGCAGCAACUGCAACAUGUUUAUCAGUUUAAUAAAAAUGAUUCUGCUCCCAAAACACUGUUUCAAGAACGAGGGUGCUGGGGACAAAAAUCUUUUGAAAAAGCCGUCAUUCUUGUUAUUGAUGCCCUGCGCUUUGACUUUACUGUUCCAGGCCCAGAAACUCCAGCACAGUACCUAAAUGCUCUACCAUUUAUGUACGACACGGCUGUCUCGUCACCAGAAAACGCUCUGCUACUCAAGUUUAUUGCUGACCCGCCAACUACAACUUUGCAGCGUCUUAAAGGCCUGACGACUGGCUCUCUGCCAACCUUUAUUGAUGCAGGAUCUAACUUUGCCGGUACAGAGAUUCUUGAAGACUCGUGGGUUGCCCAACUGGCAAAUCUUACCGAUAAUGCAAUUGCGUUUACUGGUGAUGAUACAUGGAUGUCACUAUUUGCUCCUCUUUUUAACCAAGACCUUGCAAGUCCUUACGAGUCACUUAAUGUUCUUGAUCUUCACACAGUUGAUAAUGGUGUUAUUCAGCAUAUUUUCCCAUUUAUCCAAUCUCCUGCGCUAAGUGAAAAAUGGAAAGUUGCUAUUGGACACACCUUGGGCGUGGAUCAUGCCGGACAUCGUUACGGGCCUGCACACCCAGCAAUGCGUGAAAAGCUUCAGCAAAUGAAUGAUGUUAUCAAGCGUUUAACAGAGGCCAUCGACGACGAUACUCUCUUGAUUGUUUUUGGUGAUCAUGGAAUGGAUCCCCGUGGUGAUCAUGGCGGAGAGUCACUGCCGGAGCUUGAGGCUGCCUUAUGGAUGUACUCUAAAAAGCCUGCUUUUGGUCGUCUUCCAGACCCAAACGGCACCGUCUACAAUGACGAUAACUAUGGCAAAAAUUACCGGUCGGUUCAACAAAUUGAUCUCGUUCCGACCUUGUCUCUUUUGCUAGGUCUCCCAAUACCUUUCAACAACCUCGGCUUCCCAAUUGCCGAACCGUUUUUGUCGCCAACCAGCAAUACCUCUGCUUUAGCACGAGCUCAACUUUUGACCGCCGCACAGAUUCACCGUUAUGCCCGUGCCGAUGGGUCUCUUUCUAAAAUUGCGGAAGUCUCUGAUCUUUGGGAAUAUGUCGUUUCCAGCAUUUCGGAGUCUUCUGGGAAAAGUCCCCAAGACGUGAUUGAUGCUACCCGUGCAUAUCAUGAUUUUGUUCUUAAUGAGUAUCAUACUCUCUGGGUCCAGUUUGACUUAACUUCAAUGGCUAUUGGAAUUGGGUUUAUGGUUGUGUCAAUCAUUAUUGCUUACACUUAUGCCCGUGCUCUUCCAACCGAAAUGGAACAAAUGAUUGGACCUCUGCUUAAGGUCAUCAACACUUCUGCAGGUGUAGUUGGUAUGGUCUUCUCUCUCAGUUCACGUUUGGCUACCCGUAUUGGCAUUGCACCCAAAUUUUUCCAAUCAUCUACAAAUGGUGUUUUGUUUGGUGUGGCCUUUGGUGCUAGUUUAGGUUUCCUAAGUGGGUUUUCUGUUGCCUUUUACUCUCUUGGAAACCUCAAAACCAUCUUCAGCUUGUUCAUUUUACCCAAGAGCUCAUCGGCUAUUUUUGCGCUGGUGUUGACAAUUUCUCAUGCCAUUUUAUUUGCAUCCAACUCAUACACAGUCUGGGAGGAUCGUGUUCUCUUGUUUUUGCUUGCUUCUUUAGGCUUUUACUUUUUAGUAUUAACUCUUCGUGGCAAGAAGAAAUCAAAAACUGGUAUUCUGGAGCAAGCUGCUUCCAUUGCUGCUUCAGGAAACUCAUCAGAUAAUUCAGAUUCGGAAUCCCCAAAAAUCAACUCUAACAAUGCUAGUCGUACUAGCAGUCGGAGCCGGAGCAUCAGCCCAGUUAAGACACCAUUGUCAGUUGGUGCUGAUCAGGAGAAGGAAAAGCGCAAGGUUAUGGCUCUUUACUUUUCCGUGACCUUUUUAAUUGUCCUACGCAUGGCUGCUUACUCUGGAGUCUGUCGCGAAGAGCAGGGACCUGAAUGCAAAACUACAUUUUAUCUCAACAAUAACUCGACGGUUUCUUCAUUUUUGUCUGUUGGUCUUCUAGGGUUUGCCUCGUUAUACCUUCCUACAGUAAUUGCAUCUUUUUACGAAACCUCAGCAAGCUUGAAUAAUACAGCCACUGUAUGGAUUGCUUAUGGUCUCCGUGUUAUUAUGAUCUUUAUUACAAUUUACUGGGGUCUUGACACACUGGAGGCCCGCAACUUUUUUGAAGACCCAAGUGUCCUUGAUGCUGUUAAAGCAGUCAAGGUAACAACAGCGCGUAUUAUUCUUGGUAUUGUGCUUUUGGCCGCAAACUACGCUUGGUGGCAAAACUCGCUGUGCAUCAAGCUGGAAGUAUCGCGUGAGUCUGUUGCUGAAAAAUCUAAAAAGCAACAAGCUUCAGAAUAUACCCCAACACAAGCCCGCAUUUUGGGUUACAGUAAUGUGUACGGCUCCAUGAUUAUGCUGGCAGUACUUAAUAUAUUUGCUGCCACUUUAGUGGUUUCAAAGCCCAUGGCUGGCGUUACCCUAUCAAUUUUGAUUUUCCAGCUCUUUACUCUAUUGGAGCUGUUUGACAUCCACAUUGACCGACUAUACUUUUCAGCUCUGGGGCCUGUGGCUUUGGGUCUUUUAGGAUCGUUUCACUUUUUCACUACUGGACACCAGGCUACAAUUCCCUCCGUUCAAUGGGACGUGGCAUAUAUUCCGUCGUCUACAAUUAUUUUCCCAUUUACACAUUUGGCGUUAAUUCUCAAUACAUUUGCACCUCAAAUUAUUGUUUCGCUGGCAGUACCAUUACUGCUGCUGUGGAAGAUUCCACCAUCGAAAACUCCUACAACGCUGCUCCAGCUUGUAUCCAAGUCGGGAAUCACACUGAUACUUUAUCAAGCUACUAUCACAUUAUCAACCAUGGUGUUUGCAUUGCAUUUUAGACGACACUUGAUGGUUUGGAAGAUUUUUGCGCCGCGUUUCAUGUUGGCUGGAAUGGCGCUUGGUGUGGUAGAUGUUUGUGUGUUUCUUGGUGUUGUUGUCUUUGGAGGCCGUGCCAUUACAUUUAUAAAUAAAAUUUUCAAUACCUGA